CAUGUAAUAAAGUUGAACUAAAUUUAAUAUUUAAGCAUUUGCAAUUGUACAAUGAACCUGUUGAAGUUAAUGGAAUAUGAGGAUUAUUGCGUUGAUUGGAUUACUAUCUUUUAAGUAUCAAAAUAAGAAAUAAUUCAAAAUGGAUAAAAGUGUGAAAAACGACAAAAAAAAGAAAAUGUCAGUCGGCCGCAGUUUGUCUAUGAGAUUUUCGAAUUUUCGAAACAGUGGCGGAAAAGCCGUAGACAAAUGCGGACGUUUGACCUGUACUGUGGCAACUGGAAAACCCAUGUCAUCAUCAAUAUCCAUGGGGGCAAUGGACCGUGUGACCUGGUCCACAGAGUCAGGGCUUCCCACUGGAAUCGUUCAUCUGUGUCAGGCAUGCUCGGAAAAAGUGAGAGGUGGGACUCCGCAAAUGUCUGGUAGCACUUCCUGUAACAGUCGAUGCUGUUCAGGUCGUAAAUGUCGUGGAAAAUCAGCCGAACGGCUUCAUUGUUAUCAGUGUGAAGUAGAAAGGAAGCAAAGACGGUCUCAAAGUGACGGUUACAGUUUUAACGAUGACCUAAAUUUUCGUAAACUUCCAGCAGCUCCCAUGAACAAUUCCCCUCCUCUCUCGGAAGGAUUAAUAAUCACGAAUACUAAUGUUGGUUUUACGGGUCUACACGCAUCUUGUGAAGUGCCCCAGUGUAUGGUCUCUGAGCUGGGUCCCGUUAUGAGGAGUGGACAGGGGUUGCCCCAGACACACGCCCCAGGGCUGGGAAUUGAGAAUGCCCUUGAUAAGAGUUGGGAUAAGAUUUAUGCCUCCAGGCAAGAAUGGCUGACGAUGGCCCAGUCCCACCGCGGUAGUCUCAGGGAGAAACUACAAGAGGAAUUUCUCUCAUGUAAGAUCUGCCUCGAGCCCUACCGUCGACCCAAGGCCCUCCCCUGUCUACAUAGUUUCUGUGAACACUGCCUGCGCGACUAUGUAAGACGACACACAGGCCUGAGGCCAGGCUACUUUGCCUGCCCUAUGUGCAGGAAAGACAUCAAAGUGCCUGAUGGAGGAAUAGCUGAGUUUCAGGAUAACUUUCUGCUGCUGAGUCUCUCGGACACUCUAGAUGAGGAGGAGGUGGGGGAGGUGUGGCAGAAGGAGUCCAUCAGCUCCCACCUCUCCCCACCACGCAGCCUUGUCCCUCCCACCCCCUUCGAGGAGAAACUUAAAGAGUAUGAGUGGUACUUUGGCCAGGUGAGCCGCAACGCCUCAGAAGAGUGGCUGCUGUCCUCUGGCUACCCCAAGGGAUCCUUUUUAGUGAGGCAGGGGGAGGCCUCACCAGACACAUUGACUUUGUCAGUGAGGGACUGCGAUGAGUUGCGGGGGUACGUCGUGAAGCACUACAAGAUCGUCACGUACAAGCGCGCGGGCAAGGACGCGUACUGUAUCACACCUAAGCGCAUGUUCAACUCCAUACCGGAGCUGGUCAACCACUAUAGAGAGAAGAUUGAUGGCCUGUGCUCCAAGCUGACUCAGGUGUGUGACAAGCCUCGCAGUGUGGCCUGGGCCCAAGAGCGCGGCAAGGAGGACGGCUACUCCACCCCCAGGGACUCCGUCCAGACUGUCAAACGACUGGGCAGUGGCCAGUUUGCUGACGUCUACGCAGGGAAGUGGAACCAUCAGGAUGUGGCAGUGAAAAUACAAAGGCCAGAUACUGUAAAAAUGGCGGCUUUUCUGGACGAGGCCCAGAUCUUAAAGACAUUGGACCACCCCAAUAUUUUGAGACUUUUGGCGGUGUGUGAUUUGAAGGAACCAGUGUAUCUAGUCACAGAAUUCUUUGCAAACGGACGACUGUCUCUAUACUUGAGGGAAGGUCAGGGGAGCGAACUCAAGAUUUCCCAGCUCAUCUGGAUCUGUGCUCAGAUCGCAGAUGCUCUGGCAUACAUGGAAAAGGAGAAGUUUGUACACAGGAAUCUUGGAGCCAGAAAUGUUCUUGUCGGGUACCAGAACAAGGUCAAACUGGCGGGCUUCGGGAUGACCAAGUGUGCUGACGACCCGGAUUUCAACUUCAGAAGAGGUCUGAAGAUGGCUAUCAAGUGGAUGGCCCCCGAGGUGUUAUUGUACAACAAGUAUAGCAUGAAGGCGGAUGUCUGGUCAUUCGGGGUGCUCAUGGUUGAGGUCCUCACGUAUGGGAAGGAACCUUAUGAAGGCAUGGGAAGUCGGGAGGCUUUUGAGAAUGUGCAGCAGGGCUACCGGAUGCCCAAACCGGACAUGUGUCCCACAGAACUCUACGACGUCAUCCUCUCAUGCUGGAGCACUAACGCCCCCUCACGGCCGUCCUUUGACUUUUUAGACACAUUCUUGCACGACCACAAGACCCCCACUUGAUCGCUCUGGAGCGUUGAAUUAGUCGCGUUUUAAAAUGUUCAGUGACGACAGUGAAUAUUUUGUUUUUUUAAUACUUUGUCAUUUGUCCUUUUGUUGUUGUAAGUUGUUGUAUUUCUACUCUCUGAGCUUUUACAGGUCAUUCUGUCUCUAAUAUUAUGUAACUUUUUUCUCUUUUUUUAAUGUUAGAAUUUUGGGCCAAAAUUCGGCAAGAUUAAAAUAUCGUAAAGUUUAUAUUUUUCACAAAUGACUGCCUAAAAUUCCCAACUGAAGAAUUCAUUUUUUUAUGCUCCCCCAUAUAUAUAUAUAUGGGGAGCAUAUAGUUGCCAGUUUGUCCUUUCGUACUUCCGUACGGAAAAAAAGUUUCUCAUAGCACCUGGAAUACUUUACCGAUCUCUUUCAUAUUUGGCAUGUAGAUACCUUGCAUGAACCUCUACCUUUUGAUGACGUUUGAGGUCACUGGGGUCAAGGUCACCAAGGCUAAUAAUAGAUUUUUCCGUCACACUUUUGUUACAGUUUCUUAUACCACCUUCAAUACUUUACCGAUCUCUUUCAUAUUUGGCAUGUAGGUACCUUGCUAGACCUCUACCUUUUGAUGAGGUUUGAGGUCACUGGGGUCAAGGUCACCAUGGCUAAUAAUAGAUUUUUGUGUGUCAAGGUCACCCUUGUGUAAGAGUUUCUCAUAGCGCCUUCAAUAAUUUACCGCUCUCUUACAUAUUUGGCAUGUAGGUACCUUGCAUGGACCUCUUCCUUUUGAUGAGGUUUGAGGUCACUGGUUUAAUUCAACAUUGAGGCCAUGUCCUAUCCAACUCUGGAACCAAAGUAAAUAUUAUAUUUAAAACAUUUUUAUUCUAUAUUUUUAAAUAUUUGUUAGCAAAAAAACAACCAAUUUUAGUCAAAACAAAAUGCAAACUUUCUCAACCCUGGCCAAAGUCCCUAAAUGAUGAAAGAAAACACAGUUUUUGUGUAUUUAAGUUAUGAUGGCUCUUCCGAGACAUUAUUCUCAUUCCAAUAAUAUUUUUUAAUUGACCAAUCAUAGCACUGGCAUGUUACGUGUUUUGAGGUUAAACUGUUGCAUAAAAUAGCACACCAUGUUUGUGGUAUUCAACUGAACACAUGGGACAUUAUUCUGUUAUCACUUUCUGGGAAGGAGUGUAAACUAAUUGUGGCAUAUCUGGAUCAAUAAAGUGUGUAUUUAUAAACGAACCUUGAAUUUAUUUAAAAAAAACUAUUUUUGCAAAGAGAUGAAUCUGGACCAUGAAAAAUGUCUGCAAAUUUCUUUAAAAAAUGUAAAAUAAAGUUGCUGAAUGUUGGUUACAGUAAGUUCUGUAUUCUUUCUGCGUAAACACUUUAUUUAGGACGCAUUUUAGUUUGGCUUGAGGUAUAUUGUUUCUAUAAAUGUAUGUUUUUUCUUUAUUUUUAUUUUAUUUUUAAACAUGUGAUAAAACAUAGUAUGGCAUGGUCAUGAUUUAAAGUUGUGUUCAAUUUCGUAUUGGCAUUGUUGACUGUUAUAGCCUAUUUUCAGCUAUUUACAGUUGUUUGUAUGUGCUUUUGUAAUAAGUAUUAUUUUGUUAAUAUGUAGUUAUAUAUACUACAUGUAAUAUAUACUCUACCCUUACUAUAGUUAUAUAGGUAAUGUAUAACCAUAACUUAAUGUUCAAACAUUCAAACUUAUAUUCAGAAUUCAGACUCAAUGAUUCAACAUUUUGCAUGAGCAUCAGCUGUCUUUAAUUAUCAACUACAACAGAGAUGGCAAAUGAUACACAAUAUGUCAGACAGAGUAUACAUUUACGCAUACAUGCUCUACUGUUCUAAUAGAAAAGAGCCGCAUUCUGAGAAAACUGGGCUAAAUGCGUGUGCGUAAAGUGUCGUCCCAGAUUAGCCUGUGCGGUACACACAGGCUAAUCAGGGACGACACUUUCCGCUUUUAUGGUAUUUUUAGUUUGAAGGAAGUCCCUCCUUACUGAAAAUCAAGUUUAGGCGGAAAGUGUUGUCCCUGAUUAGCCUGUGCGGACUGCACAGGCUAAUCUAGGGCGACACUUUACGCACAAGCAUUUUGCCCAGUUUUAUCAGAAGACGGCUCAAAAUAUGAAAUCGGAGAAAAGCACAUGGUUUUUCUCUUGUCCCAAGCAGCAGACAUUUUAAAAGUGGGCAAGAAAUCAAACCAUGGAAUGUUAUUGUCCCCUACCAGUUUCACCGGAAGGGACUUAUGGUUUGCGCUCCGCUCCCUCUGUCAGUCCGUCCGUCCGUCUCACUUUUCUGGAUCCUGCGAUAACUAUGAAAGUUCUUAAUAUUUUUUCAUGAAACUUGGAACAUGGAUAGAUGGCAAUAUGGACAUUAUGCACGUCAUUUCAUUUUGUUCCUAGGUCAAAAAUUCUUGUUGCUAUGGCAACAAAUAGACUAGAAAUACUGCUGAAAAUGGUGGUUUUCUGGAUCCUGCGAUUGCUUUAAAAGUUCUUAAUAUUUGUUUAUGAAACUUGGAACAUUGAUAGAUGGCAAUAUGGACAUAAUGCACGUCAUUUCAUUUUGUUCCUAUGUCAAAAAUUGUGGUUGCUAUGGCAACCAAAAAAAAAUAUCUGAAAAUGGUGGAAUUUCUGACAAUGGUGGAGCCGGUAGGGGACCAUGUUGCUUGACAAAAGCCUUGUUACCUUAUGCUAUUAACGUAAUUGAAUAGCUCAGACAUAUCUACAAAAGAUUCAGGGUGUGUGAAACUCAAUAUGAGAUUAAUAUUCAAGGCUAUUCAAUUUAUUUGUUCUUAUGUGGUAGGAGUCAUAACUUGAAUGUAUGUCCAUCAUUAGCUAGCACCAUAUUCAACCAUUCUGGAAGUUUAUUACAUCAUUUUUCAUCUACAAAGAAGUCAUUUUAACACAUAUUAUAUUGUGAAUAUUAUUGUAUUGUUAUUUGUCAUUUCUUAAAUACGCAAUUAGAAGUUGUUCUAAACGUAACCCUUAGAUGAGAACAGCACAUUUGUUUUAUUGGGAUUAUUUUUUGUUUUAACUGCCAGCUAUUUAUCAAUUGAUUAAACAUAUAAUAAAUAUCAACAACAAUUUUUACAUUGUUGAAUUGUGCAUUUGAGAAUGGUUGUAUUAUGUGGCAAAUGUUCUUGGUUUUUACCCUUUCCCACUCAGAAGCAAAGUGAAAAGGUCUUUUGAACACAGCAUAAAAACCAGAACAGCCUAUGAGUAACCCGCAGGCUGUUCAGGCUUUAUGCUGUUUGCUGCUCAUCAGUAUCUAAGGUUUGAAGAUGAAGCUUUAACAACUGAAAUCUAGUAAGAAAGGUCUUAUAUUAAAUACAACUUUCUAAAGGACUACAAAUGCGGGAGAAUACGCAUCUAAGUGGUAAAGGGUUAAUGUAAUCCCACACAUUGGAUCAUUAUUAAGUUGUCCGUACUUGCCAUGAUGUGAGGAACAUUCUUAACAUUGACUUAUGUCACAUUCAAUUAGUUAUAAAUACCUGGUAGCAUUUUGAAAGUACUGAACAGUUUAUGUAAAAAAAAUAUGCAAAGAAAUAUAAGCUUGGUUUAAAAUCGCAGGAAAAUCUCUGUUGAAAACAAAAAAAUUGGUGUAUGCAGUUCUGUGACGAAAUGUUUCUUAGUAACAUAAUGGGGACAUUUUAAAAUCCAGCUUUAACUUCAUAUCUUUGUUAAUGGUAGCUUAGAUCUUAAAUAAAUGUAAAUCAAAGACUGGUAAGAUAAAUGUGUACACAGUUCUGUUUUGAAAUCAAUGCUGUACACGAUAAUUUAAUAUACAUGUAUAUAUAAAUACAGAAAACAUGUUUGAACAUUAAUACAGCUCAUAAGUUUUAAAUGACAUAGAAUCUACUGUGCUUGUUAUUCAUUUAACUCUUUCAGUGCGGGAACCGAAUUUUGAAGGCCUUUGCAAACAGUUUGGAUCCAGAUGAGACGCAACAGAACGUGGCGUCUCAUCUGGAUCCAAACUGUUUGCUAUUCUGAAAAAAAAAUCGAAGAAAUGCUAAUAGUAGAAAUUCAGCAGACGAAAUUUUAGCAGACCAUAUAUUUCCCAGCAUGCAAAGGGUUAAAUGUAUAGAAAUGCUUUUGGCAGUUUGUAAUUUGUUGUACAUAAUACAGGUUGUGUAUAUUCACAUUUUGUUUGUUAACUUAUGUAAAAAGAUUUACAGAAAUAUAGAAAAGCAAUGAGCAUAUGUUUUUGUUGAUGCAUUUAUCUUAAGGUAAAAAUGUGUGUGGUUUCUCUGAUGUUUUUAUGUUUUAGCAUGUAUAAAUAUGUCUCCCAUUACUUUAGUGCUAUAAUAACUCUUUCCUUAUAUUGCUUUCAUAUGAAAACUUUAAGUAAACAUUUCAGUUAUACCCAUUUAGAAUUUCUAACACAUUAUUAUAACAGCUGUGCAGCUUAACCCAUUUAUGCCUAGUGGGCUCUCCCAUCCUUCUAAAUUGGAUAAAUUUAUUUACAAAAUAAGGGAUGUCUAAUAUAUUUAUUUCUAUAUUUAGGAUAUUUCUUACAGAAAUUCCUUUAAGCAAACAGCGUAGACCCUGAUGAGACGCCGCAUCAUGCGGCGUCUCAUCUGGGUCUACGCUGUUUGCCAAGGCCUUUUUUCUAGAAGCUAGGCAUAAAUGGGUUAAUAUAACGUGUGGCGAUGAGGGAUAUUCUGUAUUUGUCAUUACUGUGACAAUCUCUGGUUUGUGGGGGUUGUGUACACAGUUGUAUCCCAAUUUAUAAGGAAUGCUUUAUUUGAUUUAAAACAUUUUUGUGCUUUAUAUAUAUAUAUGUAUCAGCAAAAUUAACUACUCCAACUGAACUGAUUAAGGCCAUGUCUUUUAAUGCAAAUAAACAGUGAUUAUUUGUUAAUAAUUUUUGUAUAUAUUUUGCUUUUAUACAAACACAUUGUCAGCGUGUAUGCAUUCAAAUUCUGUCCACAUGUGUUAUGAUUGUAUAAAGUGAACUGCAUUAGAGACUGGUUCUGGGAAAAUGGCGCCUAUUGCAUGUGCGUAAAGUGUGGUCCCAGCUUAGCCUGUACAGUCUGCACAUGCCCCAUUUUGCCUGAGCAAGCUUAUUUCUUGAUGCACUGGUUGUUCUUCAAAAAGUUUCCCCUCAUGAAUUUCUAUAUGACAGUUUAGUAUGUUGAAUGUAUUACCAGUUAAACAUGUUUAUAAAUAAUUGCGGGUAUAUGCUAGAACAAGUUGAUGUGUUGUUAAUUGUUUUGCUUUGUCAAAAUAUGUACAUGUACUGGCACUUGUUUACAAUAUUAUACUAAUUUCAGUAUUUGUUGAUUUUGAUUUGUGUACUUUUUUCGUGUAUUUGUAUUACUGUUUUGUCAUUAUUUCUCAAUAUUGUGCACAAGUUGUAUACAUUACAUAAUACGUCAUAAUCAGCAAUUGUAAAUGCUUGCUUUUAAUUAUUUCUUCUAUUUGUUUCUCUGCAUGAAUUUUUAUGCCCCCAGUAAGGUGGCAUAUAGCAUUUGAACUGUCUGUCCGUCCUUCAGUCCGUCCGAAAACUUUAACAUUGGCCAUUACUUUUGCAAUAUUGAAGAUAGCAACUUGAUAUUUAGCAUGCAUGUGUAUCUCAUGGAGCUGCACAUUUUGAGUGAUGAAAGGUCAAGGUUAAUGUCAUCCUUCAAGGUCAAAAGUAAAAAAUAAAAUCCAAGGGAAGUAAUAAGCUUUAAAAGGGAGAUAAUUUCCAAACCUGCCAAAUGAUAUAUUGAAAUUUUAUUUCAAACUGGCGCAAUAGGGGGCAUUGACAAACACAUCUCUUGUUUUAAUUUUCUUUAAAAAUUAUGUUUAUUUUUAUACCAUCUCUAUAAAAAGCUAUGUACAAGUUGUAACAGAUAGUAAGUUUUUUUUGCAUUUUUUAAAACUUAAAAUUCACAAUAAGCUGUUGAACUUUUAGCCUUUAUUUUUGAUGAGUAGAAUAAUUUCAACUUAAAUGUAUAACUUCAUUUUGAUGUGUUUAGCAUUUCAACCAGCAUCAUUGAAUCCUGUUUUCUUCAAAGUUUUGACCUUAUUUUUUUCUUUUAAUCUUCAAACUUUCAUUUAUUAUUGCUCUUUAAAACUAUAUCUGCAAAUGUAUUGGACGCUGGUUUAACCAUGAUUUUCUUUUCUUUGCCAUGUGUUUGCUUGUGUUAAUUUAAUGGGCAUUCUUUUUACACAAAACUUGUUUGAAACCAGAAUUAAACAAAGUGCCAUUGUGCUAUUAUUAUUUUAAGUUAAAGGAUAUCUUGUUUUAUUUGAAACAUGGUUGUGAGAUUUGCAUUGACUUAUUUGUUUCAGUUAUAGUGUUUUAAAUAUGUCAGAUUCAAUCACAGUUUACUAUACUUUAAAUAAGUUUUGUUGAUAAUGUAUUGAAUUUAAAUUAUCUUUGUUAAAUUUAAAGAUCUGUAAAAAAAAAAAGCAUUGGUUUGGAAAUAAAACGCAUACUUGUUUGAAGAUUUACACAUAUUUAUGCUCCCCAAAAAAUUUUGAGGGGAGCAUAUAGUCGCCCCAUCGUCUGUCCGUGUGUGUUUCCGUCUGUCCGUGCACAAUUUUUGUCCAGGCUAUUUCUCAGCAAUAAAUGACCGGAAUUCAAUGAAACUUUAUGGGAAGCUUCACUACCAAGAGGAGAUGUGCAUAUUAUCAGCCGGUUCUGGUCGGAUGAUUUUUCACAGAGUUAUGGCCCUUUGAAAUUUUCAAUUAACUGUACAUAUAGUGCAAUUCGUGUCCCGGCUAUUUCUCAGCAACUAAUGACCGGAAUUCAAUGAAACUUUAUGGGAAGCUUCACUACCAAGAGGAGAUGUGCAUAUUAUCAGCGGGUUCUGGUCGGAUGAUUUUUCACAGAGUAAUGGCCCUUUGAAAUUUUCUAUAAAAAAAUUAUUGUCCCCCCCCCCAACUACUGUGCCCUCAAGACGUUUCCUGUUAUCUGAAUAUAUAGUGCAGUAUUGUGACAAAAAAAACUUUGGGGAGCAUCACCCGUCUCGGACGGUUUCUUGUUUGUUUUGAGCCUUUGUUUUUUUGAAAUUGUACUAAAAAUAUUUUGUGAAACUUGUCUAAGCCGAACCCAUGAUUCUAGUUUCAGCAGUGUUUGAUUUGUCAAGGUUUGGACAGAAUGCAUUAUUCUCUCAGUAUAGACACUGUGUUUAACCUGUUUUAAUUGUUUAAAUAGUGGACAAGAACAGGUUUAAGUUAACACUUUUAAUACCGUUCAUAUUUUUUUGCAUUAUAAAAAUUAUAUUUAUUAGUAUUUUGUUUUCAUGUGGUUUGGUUUUGACAGGUUUAUUUGUAUAUGUCAACUUUUUAACUGAUUUCAGAAAGGCAAAUAAUAUAAUGCCCACUCACCAUUUAUGUGUUGAUAACUGCGUAGGUGUGUUAUGCUUGUGAACUACAGGGUUAUUUUGUGUUCAAUUUCUUACAUUUGACUUUAUUGUUUUGUCUUCUUGUGUAAUAAAAUGUUAACUUUCAUUAAUUGAAAUAAUGCAUUAAACAGAUUUAUAUAUUCUUAUACAGUGAAUCUUAAUUAACUCACCUCAGCACACAGUUAUUGGUAUAGGGCAUCUGGCCUGAAUUUUCGGUAGAAAAAGAAGUCUUUAUUGGAGAACAAACCUUGGGUUUAUUGGAUUGUCUUGGUCAAAAUGAAGUAAUUCAGCACGAGAAACAUAAUUGUAAGGACAUUUGCUUCUCUCCCUUUGCAGGACAGAAACGGAUGCAAUACAGUGAUACGUGUAUACAUGUACAGAAAAGCUGUGGGUUUUAUAUAUAUAUAUAUAGUCCAACUUGUUAUUAUAAUUAUUUUGAUUAUUAUUAUUUUAACAUGUUGUUUUCUUAAAUUUUUCUCCGGUAUCAAUAGAUAAGGCUUCAGCCACUUCAAGCAUAGUACGGUACAUAUAGGUGUUGCUUAUAAGAAAUAAACCUUUGUUAUUUAGGUAAUGUCUGUUACUGCUAAUGUUAAAAUGAACUAAUAAUUCGACUUUCAAACACAAAUUGUUUACUAUUGCAAUAUAAUUGAUAAAAUACGUCUAAUAGAUCUGGUGUAAAGAAAUAAAAAACAAUAUUACACAAUUGAGUAUUUGUUGAAUUAUCAUCCAAUUUAGAGGUGCGUCUUGAGCCACCAUGGACCUCUUGUUAGCAUUAAAAAAACGUUGGCACAUACGAAUGGUACGCACGUUUUUUAUGUAUCAAAUAUGAUGAUACUUUGAUAAUUUAGUUAUAUAUAUUUUAAUUUUGUGUCUGAACAGUACAAUUUUGUUAGUAUUGUUACACUCUAAAGUCAGCUCCGUGUCUAUCUACUCAUAAAUUGUACGUCAUUUGUAUUUUUGUUAUCUGUGUUCAUGACAGAUUGUUUAUCGACGAUUAAAUCUAUAUGUAUGUAAAA